AUGGGAGAACUUGAAAAAAGUCCCAAGUUCUUGGCAAAUAAGCUAUGGAACAUAGUGAGAAUAGUGUUGUACAUGAUGAGGAAAGGCAUAGCAAAGGGCAACAACACAACUUUUGAUCUCCAAAUGCUCCUAAGGAAAGGCAAAUUAGCAACCAAGGCCAUUCUAGGCAAUAUCGUGACGCUACGCCGUCGACACCACCGUUAUUACAACGCCCUGACGUGCAAAUCCGAUGAUAUGAGCGCGACGUUUGUCUCCCCCCGAGAGUACGAGUUUAGUUGUAGCAAUACGCCCGUGUAUGCGUUCAAGCGCAAAAAUGUGUACCAUAAAGAAGAAGAAUUGAAAUUGAUGAACAAAGUUUUGGACAUUCUCAACCGGUUCGAUGUUGUCGAGGCUUCGCCGUUUGAAUUCACGCCUAGCCCGAUGGCGAGGCACCAAGUCGACAACGACGCCGAGGAAUUUAUUAAUCGGUUUUAUAAAGAUUUGAAGAACCAGAGGAGAAUCGUAGCUUCGGAAUCUUUAUCUCCGUCGCCAUACCAUAUAUGUAGUAGGUGA